AUGAAUACAUUUAAAAAUCUGUUGGAAACUACCCUCGAUAUUAUUGAAGAUAAUAAAAAUAAUAUUGAUGUUAUUUUUGAGGAAGAGCAAGAAAACAUUAAUAUUACUCAGGAUUAUUUAAACUCACUUAACAAUAAAAUAAAUAAUUAUAAUGAUGAUGAUGGUUCUGUUAUGGUUAUGGACGAAGAAAUAGGUGAUAUAUCAAAUGUUAAUGUGGAAUUUGAAGAAAUGACGCAGCAUUCAGCAGAAGAUUCACAACAAAGAUUAAUUGGGAAAAAUAGAAAAGGAAAAGAAAACUCGUUAUUAAUCGAUAUUUAUAAUUUCAAGGUUCAUCCUAACAUUGAUGUUUCUCACAAAUCCAUGUUAAUAUUAAAUGACUUCAUCAAUGAUAUGUUUGAGAAAAUAUCCAGUGAAGCUUCAAAACUUGCAGCCUACAAUAAACGAUCAACAAUCACUUCACAUGAUAUACAAUAUGCAAUUAAGUUAAUUUUACCUGGUGAGCUGGCUAGGAAUGCAAUAUUUGAAGGAGUGAAAGCUGUUGAUAGAUAUAACAUUUGCAAUUCAAGUUAUAUUUUAUAA